AUGGAUGAUAGAAAUAGAGAUAUCACCUUUCUCACUCCCCAGCCAUCUUGGCAGCUGCUCUUGAUUGGGGCCAUCCCAACCAAGGAGAUGAAAAAUUCACUGGAGUCAAUUAAUUCUCGGCUCCAACUCAUGAAAAGUGGAAAGUACGUGCUGGGGUACAAGCAGACUCUAAAGAUGAUCAGACAAGGCACAGCAAAAAUGGUCAUCCUUGCUUACAACUGCCCAGCUUUGUGGAAAUCAGAAGUAGAGUACUAUGCAAUGUUGGCCAAAAUUGGUGUCCAUCACUACAGUGGCAAUAAUAUUGAACUGAGCACAGCAUGCGGAAAAUACUACAGAGUAUGCACACUGGCGCUCACUGAUCCAGGUGAUUCUGCUAUCAUUAGAAGCAUGCCAGAACAGACUGGUGGAAAGUAA